AUGGUUUCAUACUUAGCAACAUUUGGGCUCAUAGUUGCAGCUGCGAGUUUAGCCAACUGCGGUUAUAUUGGUGGCUUUGGAGGCGGUGAAUCCGGUGGAUACGGCGGUGGUUCUUCCGGAGGAUUUGGAGGCGGUUCCUCCGGAGGAUCUGAAGGUGGACACGGCCAUGCUUACUCUACGAUAAUGCUCCACCAACACGCUCAAAGCGGCGGCGGUGGCGGACACGAAGAACACUACCCUCAUCAUUUCCCUGAAUACAAAUACGACUACGCAGUGAAAGAUUUCCACACCGGAGACCACAAAAACGCCUGGGAACAUCGUCACGGAGACAAAGUCUACGGAGGUUAUAUGCUAAAAGAAGCCGAUGGCACAAUCCGAGUCGUCGAAUACGAGUCCGACAAGCACAACGGCUUCAACGCGAUCGUAAAACACUUAGGAAAGGCCGAACACCCACAAAUCUACGGAAAAUACGGUGGCGGUGGUGAAGGAGGUUCCCAAGGCGGACAUUAUUAA